AUGAUCAUCAACAUUGGCGCCUCAUCACCUUGCCUUAUCGCCAUUCCCUACGUUGUCGACCAUCUGGGGCCUGCAGCAAUCAUUCCCAACGACCAACAUGAACCUCUUGGACCCGUCCCCGACUUCACACACUAUUUAUUGAUUCCAAUCCCGUCGCCAGACGGCUAA